AUGGCAGAUGCACAAAUUGCUCAGACUUGGUUAAAUAAUUUAUUCAAAAUUCAGUAUCCGGAUGAUUGGCUGAAUGCCUGCAUUGAAUGGAUCCACAGCGAGCAUCAAGCACCACACCUCUGUAUGUAUGCACAGAUUCAAAAGUUGUCUGGUACUGAGAAUGAGAAUGUACUUGUUAGUGGAGCUACUCAACAGACUCAGGAAAACAACAACACCCACAACAGUAAACAGUCACGGAUGUUGUUGCUGGGACUGACAGAUGGCCAACAAGACAUACAAGCCAUCGAGUAUCGUCACAUUAACUCUUUCAAUGACACCAAUAACAACAUCAGCUGUGGAUCCAAAAUUUUAGUGCAUGGAGAGGUUCUCUGUCGAAUGGGGGUUUUGUUUUUGAGAUCAGAAAAUGUAACAGCUCUAGGAGGUGAAGUUGACAGCGAAAGUUCUGGCAGUACGUACAUGCUCGCCAAACUGCAAGAUAUGCUCAACAACAGUAACAGAAACAUUAAUAAUAAUAAUAAUAAUACCAACGAUUACGGCGAUGAAGAUGAUGAUGAGGAUGAUUUCAUGAUGAUGAUUGCAGCCGAGUCCUCUGAAAUAGAGUCAGGAAGAUGCAAACGAAUCAAGUUGAAUAAUAAUAAUAAUAAUAAUAAUAGUAUCAAUAAUAAUAAUAACAAUAAUAAUAAUGCCAAUAAUGUCAUAUCUGGCCAUGAAAGUGCCAUAGACGACGAUGAUAUGGAAGACAUCAUUGAGUAUAUAGUUGAUUUGGAUAAUGACGAUGAUGCUUACAUUUCAACUGUGAUUGGUCGUCUUGAGCACAAUAGUGGUCAUUUUUGGUCACUGGGGGCCAAAAUUAACGACGGUACCUGUCAUCUAGAUGUCUCUCUUGGUGACAAAUUACUCUCCAAACUCAUUGGGUUCACUGCCAAGGAAUGUCAUGAAAUGAGAGAAAAAGCAAAGAAAGAUUUGUCACUGAGAGAGAAAAUAACCCAGGGAAUCAAGCAGUGCCAGGUAUCACUGAUCCAGUUAUCAGCCAUAUUUGAGUUGGAAAUAUCUGCAUCAACGUCAUCCACAUCCACUUCAAAUGUUGCAGCAACAAAUUCAGAAAGUUCCGCAACCGCAUCGCAACGGUCUAACCUCAAGAGAUACAAGUUGAAUGAUUACAGGCAUGUGACAAUGCAAGACGUUCACGCAUUGAAACUUUUAUCUGAAAAACACAAUUUGUCAUAA